GGGAAGACAUUCGAAUGAAUAUUAACGAGCACAUCCCAUACGCUUCAGGAAGGUUACUAAGCAACGUGCUCAUGUGCUAAUCAAUAUUCAUGAGCAAACCUUGGCUGUAGUAGCUGGUGUUUGAACGCCGGCUGACCGCAGUUCACGAUGGGUUUGAUUCAGAGCGUGUUUGCUGCAGAGGGCGGAUACCAUGUGCACGGGAUUCAGGAGAAUUCUCCAGCAGAGAGAGCCGGCCUGGAGCCUUUCUUUGAUUUUAUUUUGUCUAUUGGACACACCAGACUAAAUAAAGAGAGCAGCUUGCUGAAGGACCUCUUGAAGGCAAAUGUGGAGAAGCCGGUGAAGCUGGAAGUUUACAGCAGUAAAGUGAUGAAGAUCAGAGAGCUGGAAGUCAUUCCCAGUAACAUGUGGGGCGGUCAGGGCUUAUUAGGAGCCAGCGUUCGGUUCUGCACUUUCCAAGGGGCCAAUCACAAUGUCUGGCAUGUACUGGACGUGGAACCGAAUUCUCCUGCUGAAAUGGCUGGACUCAAGCCUUAUUCUGACUACAUUGUUGGCGCAGACCAGGUGUUGCAGGAAUCGGAGGAUUUCUUUUCGCUGAUCGAGGCAUCCGAGGGCAAAGCGCUGAAGUUGCUGGUGUAUAACACAAGGAGCGAUCGCUGUAGGGAAGUGCUCAUCACUCCUAACGGAGCCUGGGGUGGAGAGGGAAGUCUGGGUUGUGGUGUGGGGUUUGGGUACCUGCAUCGAAUCCCUAUGCGUCCACUAAAGUCAGAUCACCAGAACACAUCCACAACAUCUGAAACCCAACAGGACAAACACUGUUCUGAGUUAUUAUUAGAUCACUCCUCAAACGAUUCAGACCGUGACGUGACAACAGACACGCGUGAUGGAUUCACGUCUGAAGCUUCAGCACCAUGUGAGAAAUCGCCUGAUGUGUUUGAGACGACAUCUGUGGAUCUCUCUGGACGUUUGGAUUUAUCUUCCUCUUUGAUAGUGGAUGAUGAUGAUGAUGGAGGCGUCGUUAGCGGUGAAGAUGUGUCUGGCUUAAGUCAGUCUGAAGACAGCUUGAUGAUCACGACAGCCAUCCAGAAGGACGAUUCAGGGAUCUACGAUAUUCAAACGCCACCUGUGAUCUUAAAUAUGGAACCAAAGGAUGACGAGGUUGUAACAUUUACACCGAAAACCGUCACUUAAGUCUAACUUGUGCCUCGGAGAUGCGUAGUUUCGCAAGCGUGUUCUCAGGGUGUCGACCAGAACUAACACCUGCUGGAUAAAAUGAGAAGAAAUUUAUGAAGAAUUUCACUGAAAAUAUUUACAUGCUAUCAUAAAGUGCCAACAUGCAGGAUUAUACAGAGAUAAAUGCUUUAUGUAAAGUGAUAAAGCGCUUUAUAGAGUAUAAAGAAAUUAUAUAUCUUCAUCUGUGCAUCUCACCAAUAAAUGUCUACAGGAAAUUUCACCAGAAAACCAAAGAAAAAAAUAUAUAUACAGUAUUAGAAAUUAAGCCUGUUUAUGAAACAUUAUUUUCAUCACGGUCUAAGCACAUUUUCACUCAGAAGUUAAAUUACUGUAAAUGUAUUUUUUUUUUUCAUUUUCAGUUAUUUUACGAAUUUUAAAAAUUCUCAGGAGAGCAGCUGGAACCCAUUGUCAUUGUCCAUUAAGCUGUUGACUGAAUGUUUCUGAAUGCAGUUUAUUUGACAAAUAUAACGAGUAAUAGGUUAUCUUAUACAAUGAAUCUAAAAUAAAAAUAAUAUAUAUAUAGGGGUCAAAGAAGUUAAGUUGUCCACGUCAAAAGAAAUUUACAAAAGUGAUUUUAUGUGAUUUUAUAGAAAGCACAUUAAAUGUAAGUGUCUAAGUUUUUGGAGAAUGUCAAAAUUUGGUUGAAAUUAUGUUACAUUGUCUUUCAGUGUAACACAAUAUUUAUGUAAAAAUUCAAACAUGCUUAUUCAGAUCGGUACAUAUUAAAAUAUAUAAAAGAAUAAGGGAGCGUAUUACAUUUUAUUGUCUUUUAAAUGAGUAAAAAAUUCUUACUGACAAAUGGGCAAAACCUAGGA